UUCCCGUAACAUCUGCCGUGUGUGUGUGUGUGUGUGUGUGUGUGUGUGUGUUAAUAAAUAGGCCAGUGGAGGAGUGAAAUACACAAAUACACAUCACAACACAGUGUCAGUGUCAGUGUUGUGUUUAAAACAGCUUAAAGAUGAAAGUCAUUAACCUGGGUCCCGAUCCGUCUCUCGCGUAUCGUCCCGAGCUGCUGCCCAACACCGGAAAAGAGAAAUCUGACUUCAGAAACUUCGAGAGCGGAGAUCUUUUUGAACGUGUGUUUAACACGUACAAACUGAUGCACACACACCAGACACUGGACUUCGUCAAACAGAAGCAUGCAGAGUGGGCAGGUUGCACUCACGCUUGUAUGACUGUGAUGGAGAGCAUCGAAUAUUUGGAUAAGUUGGUCGAUGAAUCUGACCCUGACGUCGACUUUGCAAACUCCUUCCACGCCUUCCAAACUGCCGAGGGGAUCCGCAGGGAACAUCCUGAUAAAGACUGGCUCCAGUUGGUUGGUCUCAUUCAUGACAUCGGUAAAAUCAUGGCCUUGUGGGGAGAACCUCAGUGGGCCGUGGUGGGAGACACGUAUCCUGUAGGCUGCCGCUUUCAGAACUCCAUCGUUUUCAGAGACUCUACGUUUGUGGAGAAUCCAGACAACAAAGACGACAAACUGAACACAGAAUGUGGGAUUUAUGAACCUCACUGCGGGCUGGACAAGGUUCUGAUGUCUUGGGGACACGACGAAUAUCUGUACCAAGUGAUGAAGUUUAACAAGUGUCUGAUUCCUGAGGAGGGUCUGUACAUAAUCCGCUUCCACUCGUUCUACCCCUGGCACACACACGGAAACUACACACACCUGUGUAACGACAAAGAUCUCCGGAUGCUGCCCUGGGUCAAAGAGUUCAAUAAGUUUGAUUUGUACACUAAGAGCACGGAUCUGCCUGACGUGGAGCAGCUGAAGCCAUAUUACCAAUCGCUCAUCGAUAAGUACUGCCCAGGAGUCCUGCACUGGUGAUCACGACCUCGCCGCUGAUCGUACACAGGAUCUGCUUAAAGCAGCAGUGUGUAACUUUCAGAGCCCUCUGCUGGCUGAGAGAGGAACUGCACUUACAAUGAAAACAAUUAGAACGUGACACAUUGCAACUACAUACUCUUUGUGAGAUUCCUUUUUUUAAGGACGUGGGUGGGGUUGAGCAGUUCUGCUUGGGUUGGGGGCGGGGCUAAUUUCAGGGCCAGAAAAAUGUAAAUUCAAGCCUGAAACAAAAAUAAAAUCAGAGACCCACUGUAUGGUAAAAUCACAUAUCACAGUUUUUAAAGACAUUGUUAAUCAUAUUGAUAUGAUUAUCAUGCAUUUAGAGAUAAUUAAAAAUUUUACAUACUGCAGCUUUAAAGACAGAUUUGCAUAAAAAGCUCGGAAUGAAAUAAACUAGCGAAUAUUAACAAUUAAUUUACUCUUCAUACUGUAAGAUUCUGUUUGGCUACAUUUAUGACUGGAUAAGAUCUCUAUAAUCCUGUUUAUAAAUUCUAUAUAAUAAAUUAAAGAAUAUAUUAUAAAUAAAAGCA